AUGGUUAGAUUCAAAAAUAGGUGGAUUAUUGCAGAGAUUAUCUUUCCAGAUAGCCCUCCAUUUGAGGAUUCUCCAAAUACAGAGAAAAGAUUAGAUGGUAAACAGAUAUUACAAUCUAUACGGCGGAAUAUUGCACAUAACUUUGGUGAUCAUGGUGCUGGUUCAGUAGCAAAUUCCUUAUCCUUGAAAUACCACUCAGCUAUAACUAGAUUAUGCAUAUUUCGAAUAGCUAGAGAAUACAAGGAUAUGUUACAUGCUGCUCUCACCUUAACAACAUCGCUCUCUGAAUAUGAUGUAUGCAUCCGUGUAUUACACGUUAGCGGUACAAUACGUAAAGUGCAAGAAGCUGCGAUAAGAUAUAAUAGAGAAGCUAUCUUAAAUACGUCAUCUGAUACACAGGAAGAAGACUUAGAUACAUCAAAGAAUGAUAUAAUGGCAAUUGAGAACUAACUUUAGUUUUAAAAUAAGGAUAUUUAUUAAUACAACAACAAUUAUUCUCUUUCACGUGCAGUAGGUGACCUUGAUCUAUUCCUAAAAGAACCUCUUCCUAUUAUGUAAAAUUAGC